CGCCAUGGUCGCCGUGCGCGACUUCAUCGUCGACGCCGGUCUCGACGAGCACUACGCCGCGCGUUUCGUCGAGCAAGGCGUCGAUACCGUCGACGAUUUGCGUUACGAGAGAGACUUGGACGCGCUGCUCGAAGACGUCGGCGUGCGCGACGACGACGCGGCGACGUUCCGCGAAGCGCUGAAACGCGCGCUGGCGGGUGAAAAGAAGCGAGCACCGUCGGGCGAUGACUUGGCGGAGGCGGUGAAGGCGUCGAUGGCGAGUUCGCGGGCGCGACAAGGACUGGACGGGGACGGCGCCGGCGGCUCGGGACGCGUCACGGGCGGCGCGGUGCGCAUGGGAGGCGCCAAGGUGGAGGACUACGCGCCGAAACUGACGUUAGAUGAUGCGGUGACGGAGGACGUGAACGCGCGCCUGGGCGUGGCGACGGCGAAGGAGAUUGAAGACAUACUCGCGGCGCACCGGGACAAGGAUUUUUUGCGUUUGUUAAAGUUGCGCGAGGUGCCCAUCGAUUCGCUCGGUAAGGUUGAAUGGAGCGGACACGAGGCGGUGAAAACAAACGAAAUCGCGAUGCGAUGCAAACUGUUGAGUUUACGUUUGGAUAAAUCGAGGAACGCGCACGCGAAGGCGCCCGCGGCGCAGCGCGCGGUGAAAAACGUGCUCGAUUUGUUGAGUCACAAAGACACGAGAAAGGAGUACUUGACGCUCGCGGUGCGGAGGAAAGUGGAGGAACUACGCGCGGAAGGGAAAAUUCAAGGCGGCGGACACGUCUCCUUCACCGGCGUGCACUACGGCUCCGGUGCGGCGGCGACGCGCGCGGCGGAGGAGAAUUACGUGUCCAAGGACAUGCUCAACGAAAUGCCGACGUACGACGAGACGAUUCAUUUAGAUAUGAGCGAUGAAAACGCGCGCGCCGCGUUCGCGGCGCGCGGUGCGGAGCCCAAGAAGUCGUCCGCGCCCAAGGUGGACGUCUCGAGCAUUCGCGCCAAGCUCGCGAGCAAAACGAAAAAGCCUCGAUUUAUGUAACGUCCGAGAAGCGCAAACGC